AUGACCGAGGUGUAUCGCGCACUCAUCCACCUCGGCUGUGACUGGCGGGUGAUCUCCUCAUACAAGAUCCACUGCCGGUGGAAACCGAACACCCCGACGCCGCCGAACAAGGCCCCCUUCCUCUCGGUGUCGACCUCUUGCCCCAGCCUCAAGGACAAGCUUUCCGCGGCGUCGGCGUCGCCUAGCGGCCUCCUCGUGAACGGCGGCGGAGGCGUGAACCCGUUCACCGCGCUCUUGGAGCGGGUCCCCGAGGUGGUGGACUCGGCGUGCUCCACGCCCGCGCUCGCCAGCCCGACUUCCUCCGUACGCGGUGCGGCGGCGGCGCGGCGUGCCGGCGGCGGCGGCGGCGGCGGCGUUACUGGGGACUCGAAGCAGCAGCCCCUGGAGCAGCGGGGAGAUGGCGGCAGGGGUGAUGGCUCGCCUUCGGAGCUUUGCGGCGGCGGCGGCGGCGGCUCCGUGAGCAAUGGUCCCGCUGCGACGGGGGAGAGCGACGGUGACCGUGCUGCGCCGGGAAGUACAGAGGCGUCGCUGGAAACGGCGGCGGCGGGUGGCGGCGGCGGUGGCGGCGGCGGCGGCGAUGGAGAAGACGCUACCGCUAUUGCUGCUCCGGCGGCCGUGGGAGGCGACGGCGACGAGGACGACGACGCUAUGGACGGGAACGAAAACCAGGACCCAAGAGCGGCGGCGAACAAGGCGGCGUCGCUUGGGCGAGCGGCGGCAGAGGACGGGGUGGCGGCGGCGCCGACGACAACGGUGAGGGCGAAGAGCCCGCGCACUCGGCAGGCCGCGGCAGCGGCGGCGGCGGAGCGGCAGUGCCAAGCUAGACCGCCGCCACGCCACGGCGCGGCCGCGGGCGCACGGUGCGAAGAGGGCUGGGGCGGCAACCGCGGUGACGGGGAUGUUGACGGCGAUGUUUCCAUGCCGUCGGGGCCGGCGGUGCUGUCUUUCACGCCGGCGUUCUCGCCCGGGGUAGACAGGACCAACAGCAGUAGCACUGCGAAAGGGGUAGCGGCGGGCGGUGGCUGGAAGGCCGCGUCUCCUACGGACGCACCGGCGACAACAAGCCCGCCAUCACCAGCAUCCGGUGAUGGACGGAGAAACGGUGGGCCGUGGAGGAGCGGGCUCCGGGCGGGGGGCGGCGGCAGCGCGUUGGCCGGCGGCGCACGGGCUACGGAGAAGAGCUGCGGCGGGGGUGGUGUUUUUGCCACUGCUGCUACUGCUGCUUCUUCUGCUCCCGGGUCGCUCGGCGGGGCCACGAGCAACCCGUUCCUGAAGCCAGACUUCGUCAUCAAGGUCUGCUUGACGCUGUACAAGGUCCAGAACCAGAUAUACUUGCUGGAUUUCCAGAAGCUGGAAGGGGACCCGUUCGGGUUCAUGUCUCUCUGUUCCCAGGUGAUCAACCAACUCAAGAUGCUGAGCGCGCAGAGCAAGCAGAUGUCGACGGCCGCCCUCGAGCGAAGCAGGCCUUCCCACCGCCGAAGCGCGAGCGAGAGCAGUGGCGGAGCCAGGGGGCGCCCCGGGAGGGGCGGCGGGGGUGGGGGGUCGCCCUCGGCGGGGCGGAAGCACGCCGCUCACUCGCUCAUGACUCUGGCCCAGCUUCACAAGAGGGCCGCCGUGUCGAAGAUCGUUCCCGGGCCGGGAGGCAGCAGCGCCGUCCCAUCUGCGGCACCCCCAGCGAGACAGGAAGAAGGCGCAAACGCCGGGUUGGAGGGGAUGGACACGUCCACAUGACGACUACUGUAAACCCCAACUGGUGGAUUUGGGAAUGGGCAGGCGAUCUCGAAGGAAUCGUCGCCCUGAGUUAAGGAACAACGGCUGCUUCCUCGAAGAGCGGGUCUGUUGCCUCUUUCUCCUUUGUUGUUUAUUAUUAUUUUUUUUCUCCGCCCUUUCGGCUAGGGGUGUUUCUUUGUUGAUUGAUAGUGUGGUGUGCGGGUUCUAAACGUUGCUUGUGGCGCCCGGUCUUUCUAGUGAGGCUCAAUUUGUGCAUGGUGGUGUGGAUUACGUGAAAUUUCGAAAAGAGUCGAUGAUGAGAUAGUUUGCUGUAUUCGUUUUUUUUACGAGUGAUUUUUUUUUGCUACAUGAUUUUGUUUUUGUUUUGCUAUUUCUGUACGGCCGCGCGCUGCUCUUGGCUCCCGUGCGCCCCUUAGGAUAGGGGGAGGUUCGCGAUUUAGAAAAGGGGUGGGUGGGUAUCGCUUGGCCGCGCGGAAAUGUUCGCGCGCGAACUACAAUAGCGUGCGUUUUUUUGUGUGGACGAGGUGCGGCGUGCUGUGACUUCUUCCAAGGGAGGGACCCAUGUCUUGGCCGGUGUACAUACCGUAGUGUUUAUUUUGUCUCGAGGUGCGAAUGCCAAGGGGAGGGUGACGGCUGACGUGCCUUCUUUUUUUUAUUAUUAUUCUGUGGAGAGAAAGUCCGUCGGACCGCACGGGAGGCAGAAUGUUCUCGCUGGCCGGUCGAAGAGUGUGUUGCUUGAGUUGGUGCAUACCGCGUUGCUUGCGGCAUGGUUGCAGGGAAACAGGGGCUAGGUUUUACGACAGCACGCACAAUGCACUUGGAACCGCAAAAUAUGAUAUCGUGGUGCGCUUGGAGCCUCAAAAUAUGAUAUGGUGGUUUUCUGAUGCUCAAAGAGUGUUGUGGGGUGUGUGCGCUGCCGCCGCGUUGUGCCCCGAUUCGAUUCCGUCUUGACGUUGGCCGUGGUGGUCUGCGCGUCAGAGAAGCGCGACCCGUAGAAGCUCUUGGCGAGAUAUCGAGUGUUGCUGUUGUCAGGCGUGAGAGGGUGGGUGUGUUUCUUUGUUGCGACCUACCAUCGGGGCGCCCCCUUCAAGCGACGGGCUAGUGUGUGCAUGCCGGUGCCUUUCCCUGCGAGGCGUCCCUUGGCGCCGUAUUUCCCUCGGCGGUUGGUUGGGCUAACCAAUUAGUUGGCUUGAGAUUGUUGGGUGUGCGGCGAAGCGGGCUGCUAUGAUGCUGGAUUUUUCUUGCAAAAUGUGGUGGUAUGUGUUUGUGGUACAGCGCACGCGCGGGCAGGGGGGAUGGACACGGGCGAAUUCGAAGGCGGCGCGAUAGGUGCCGUUUCGGCGCACGUGUAGGGAUUCGGGUUCUGUUUCCAGGAACGGAGACAUGUAGAUGCGACGGGUAGCUACAUUGGGCGCGUGUGUGGUAGUCGUCAGGCACCUCAUUAGACGAUGGAUGACGCAUUCUCAAUCGAUGUUGUUCUGUGGGUGUCGCGUGGUCCGCAGCUCUUGUCUGUUGUAGACAGACGCCGUUCGUUGUUGUCCCUGCGUUAUCCCGCAUGGUGCGACGUUGGCCUUGACGAGGCAAGUGCGGUACCAACCUAGAGCUUUUCGAGGAAUGUGUGUUUGUGUUUGGGCGAAGGGGGUGGAUGCAGCCGAUAGGUUAUUCUGAGCAAGGCGGGCUGAGGCGUUGUUCCCCACGUCAGCCUAACAAAGGACGGUUGAUUAUUCAUGUUGGUAGUUUCGGCGUUUCCUUCGCAAUGGGGUGGAUGGAUAUGUAGGGCGCGGGUGUCCUGCCUUUUCGUAGUAGGAGCCGGACUGCGAGUACCGUUGGUGUUAGAACCUCCCCCCCCCCCACCCCUUCUCAACGGUUCCGCUGCAGCAGCAGUGAGUGUCGUUUGGGCUUUGCUGAGAUUCGAGAUCAACCCGCGCUUUCUUGGUCCUGCGGUAAGGACUCGUCCGUUGGUGUGUGUGUUUUCUUUCUUUCCAUCACGUCUGUGUUUUUUUUUUUGUGUGU